AUCGAAAAGCCGCUGGGCCGAGCGCGAAUUCCGCCAUGGCGUUCGCGCUUGUGCCUGGCCACCCACCGCUUGCAGGCCAUGUGCGAAGUCUCUUCACGUCGGCUGUAAGAUGGAGAUCCAGGUCCUGGGGCGUGUUCGGGACUUCCCGACGAGCUGUGGUGCCCUUGUUGCCUGAAGGCAUGGAUCCAAGAGGCCGGCACCACUGUGGACCCCAGCAAUUCAUCGGGAAGACUCCUGAGCAGAUUGUUGAGAGGUUCAAGGAUCCAGCCACAUUUCCCUGGUACCGGGUGCCAGAGGCGUUGCGCCGGCGGCGCUUUGAGGAGCUUUGGCAGCUGGCGCAUCGUUGUGGCUACAAGUCGGCCUUACAGGCAGUGCAAACCAUCACCGACGCUCCUGGUCCGCAGCAGGCAAAUGCGGCUGAAGGUGUCAAGCAACGAAUGGGCCGCUCCCGGCUCCGUGCCUUGCGGAGCGGUGUGCCGGCAGCGCCUGCGUAUGGCAAGGGUCCGCGUUCAACGCUGGACGACUAGAUAUUGUUGUGCGAAAGAAACU